GGAGGGAACUAAUCAAGUGGGGCUCCAGCUGCGCUGAACUCGCUCUGGGGGAACAGUGUGUGAGCAAGCCAUAUCCAUUUCAUCAUGCAAAACAUGUGUUUUACACAGUUUAUCCUCCAAUGGGAGAUUCAUUGAGUAAUGUCCACGUUGAGAAAUCUGAAAAACUUCCCUUCCAGUGAAAGGGUAUGGACAUUUCCAUAUGAAUUUAUCUCCCCUUCAAAUAGGCUUGCGUAAGGCUAAUCCUGACGAGUCUGACCGACAGUACAGAGCCUUAGUGCAGUUCCUGGCAGGAUGUUCGUCUACCUAACUAGGAAAACUCUCACCAGCUUAUUUUUCACCUUCUACUUGGACACUGUUCAAGUAACUAAGAUUGUAAGGUUUUGCUACACAAUCUUUAUACUCUACCUUAAUACAGCAUAUUACUGUAUAUUACGUACAAUAUCACACUAAAACUGUACUUAUUGUUAACGAGCUUUCAGACCAACCCUUUUUUUAGUCGUUAGGACCUGAAUGAUAUUUAGGAGUCCAAUGUGAUUAAUUAAUUAAUGAAAAUUGCCAAAAAUCAUAUUUUUUCUGCAGCAAAAAAAAAAUAAGUCUUGGAAAUAAAACGUCUUGCAUGAAUGUUGCUUUCCCUGGGAGUUUUCAGGUAAAGCUUCUAAAGAAACACCAUUAGCUCUUUUGUUUCAGAGCUCAGACAUUUAAUUUUGGCGCAUGAAUGAUCUAUUUGAGUUUGAGCACAUGGCAUUAAGCAGGCCAACAAAGAUAAAAGCCUUAAUUUGUUUCUGGCAGUUAGAGGGCUUGUGGCUUGAGGAUUUAUUGAGGUUGAUAUGGUAAUCCCCAUUCGUCUCUUUGACCCUCAUGCAGUGUCCACUGCUGGCCCUACACACUGCACUAAAGACAUCCUCUAGGAUAGAGGGGCUGUGCUGCUUCACGAGAUACAUGGCUGCAUUCUCUACCAGAGAAAACACCUAAACAAGCAGGUGGACCUGCUGCGUCAGAUGAACGACCAGCACGCCAAAGUCUAUGAGCAGCUCGACGUGGCCGCCAGGGAUCUGGAGCAAGGCAACCUGAGACUAAUGCAGGACAGCCGCCUGGCCCAGCAGAAGAUCCACAGUCUAACAGAGACUAUGGAAGGCCUUCAGACCUACAUGGAGGACCUGCAGACCCAGGUGGAGGAGCUAAAGACUGCCCAGGCAGAGCGGAACAAACGAGAGCUGGCGGAGCAGCGCCGCAACCGUGGAGCCCAGAGUGUGUCCUGCCUCAAGGAGCUGUAUGACUUGCACCAAGACAGGCAUCUAGACCAUGGUGGUCCGCAUGUGGAGGGCCUCUGGUCCCUGCGGGGCUCUUUCAGUGACAGGGACAGACGCCAAGACCCGGAGGCGGAGAACGCGGCUCUCCAGCGCUCCGUCCGGACCAUUCAGAGCCAGAUAGCCGUGGAGCGGAGCCGCAGGGAGGCCGCGGAGCGCGAGAGGGAGUUGACAUCAAGGGAGAACCGAGGGCUGGAGGAGCAGCUGGCCUCGCUGGCCGGCUGCCCGGCCAGGCAGAAGGAGCUGGAGGCCCAGGUGGAGCAGCUGCGGCUCCUGUGGCGCGCUGACUGCGCCAACAGUAUCAGGAGACCGGAGCAGCUGCUGCCGGAUAAAGUGUUCUUCGCCUUAGAAGACGGAGCGAGCCCCGGGCUGGACGAGAUCGAGGACGAGGGAGAAAAGGACGAGGAGCGGAGACAGUACGUCCGGCAGAGGUCGAACAGUGAGAGCGUUUUGAGAACGGGAACGGACGAGCUUCGCCGCGGUCACGAGCAGCUGUGCAUCAGGCGAACAGAGGCGGUGAAACAGAGGGGCAUCUCUCUGCUCAACGAGGUGGAUGCACAGUACAGCGCACUGCAGGUGAAAUAUGAUGAGCUCCUACGGCGGUUCCAGCAGGCAGACGGGCCGAGUCAUAAAGCCGCGCAGACGCCCAACGGGCCCUUUGCGAGCAGCCGGGCCCGCCGCCGCCGGUCCUCUGCGGCUCCGUCGGAUCCAACAGUGGUUCCUGCCAGCCAGCAGCCCGAGUACAAGGCUCUCUUCAAGGAGAUUUUCACCUGCAUCCAAAAGACCAAAGAUGACCUCGGCAACAACAGAAGCCCAGUGGAGGACAGUAGCUCUGCCUGAACAUUGUAUUAUUCAUAAACCAGAGACUUGCACUAGUUUGUCUGUCAAUGUUUUUUGACGAAGGAGAAACUUAAAGGUUGCUUUGCUAUAAGAAAAUUAAAAUAUCCAGAGGAUGUGGAUGCAAUAUCUUUGAUAAUCUACAAUAAUUUUGAUACAUCUAGGCUUUUGUUAGUCAGCACUGUUCCUUUUUAUUCUGUCCAAAAGAUUAUGUGUUACAUUUUUUACAAAAAGAAGCUGUGUGAUCUGAAGUAAUAUUAUUUUAAAGUUCAUCAACAAAUUUAAAGAAAAUGAAAACUAUAAAUGAAAGAUUUAUUGUAUUGGGAGAUAUUUAUAGUACGAAUAAUACAUACUAUCAGAUCCUCAGCAAAAAGAAAUACAGUGUUCUGUUUGUAUGUAAAGUCAAUACGCCUGUGAACACUUGAUUACUUGGUGCUUGGGAGAGAAACACACACAUGGAACGUUGUUUGUGUGAUAUAAGUUGGAGAUGUGGAUGUUAUGUAUGACAGCAAUGUUGUAAUAGGAUGAAAAACUGAGCUUUGUAAUAACUAAAGACUCAGGAGUUUAUGGUAAUUAGCUUAACAGCUAAUGAGUUGGUUUUUGUAAGUUGUCAAUAGUUGGUUCACCAGUUGAAGGUCAUUGGCCUGUCACCAGAGAAAUAUCACGAGUACUCUUUAUUAUUUAUUUCAGGAAGAGACAGAACAGAUCUGCACUUUUUAUGCCUGAAUCACAAUUUCCCUUUUUAAUGUAUUUAUUUUAAAGAAGAUUCAAAUAUAUUUAUUUGUGUUGUUAAAUAUGCAGAGCAGAUUGAGUCAGUAAUACCACACUGAGGUGCUUAUUUUGUGGAUGUUAAUGUUCUGUCUGGUGCACAUUAUGGAAAAACAAUACAGAAGCAAAUGGAAAAGAAAUUAUAAUAUUCCCUUGUUUACUAACAAUUUUCCUUAUUCUGACUUUUCCAGCUCUUAAUGUAGAACUGAAUUUGUAUUGAUCAGGUUGCCAUGAGCAAUAAAUACACUUUACUUUCUCUUUCCAUGUAAAGUGACUCUCAUGUCAAAGAAGAUGCUUAAUUGACUAUACUGAUGUACAGAAAUAUAGUCGAGCGUAGUACAGUAUAUGUGGUUUUGAAGCUGUGAAACUUUUCUUCUAAUUGGUUAUUAAAAACAUGAUGCAAGAGUC